CUUUGAGUGGGUGGGGGCGAGACUUCACAAUAGCGGAGCGACGUUCUCCAGAGGAGCCGCAGUCUCGCUCGGUGUGUGUUUAUCGGCGGUCAUAGUAGCGCGGGCGGAUGUGUCGCGUUGAAGGAAACGAACAGAGUCGUUCUACAGUGUGUGAAAAGCAAAAGCGAGCGUUUUUCUUGGUUGAAACAUAAAUUAAGAGAAAAAGUGACGUGCAGUGAUUUAGGAUGUCUGGUCGCGAGUGAAUGGGCAACAAGAGACGCCGUAAGUGCGCGGGUGUCCUGCAGUUCAACUUUGAAAAUCUCGAGACCGGUCGACAAAAAUGCGGGCGCGAUACGUCGUGGCAGUACUCACUAGCUUGUUAGUAGUCACUGACGAAGCGCCGCAAGACAUCAGACACAAAGAGUACGAUGAACAUCCUCGAGAAGCAUACUUCGAUGGCUCUGCUUUUCUCAAAUUGAGCUCCUUCGUGUCGGUGCACAGGCACAGUGGUUUAAGUUUUCGAACUUGCGAAGGUGGUCGUCUUUUCAUGCAGAAAUACAACGACGAUUCGAUCAGUCUUGAAGUGACUCCGGAAGGACUACUUUUUGUGGCGAUCGUUGACCAACAACGUUACAAAGCGAGACUUAAUGCUAGGUUACUCAACAACGCUUGGAACAAUGUUAAUCUCUUUUUUAGACUCGGGAAUCUUACUUUGAACGCUGCUGGUCAUACACAGGUAAUUGCUAAUGCCACGUACAACGCUGCGAUUCUUACGCUUCCUGACUACGAUAUGAAUGGCUCUCUCAUUGUGGGAGAAGGAUUCAGAGGAUGCAUUCUCCAAGGUCCUGGAAUUCUUUUUAACGACACUAUCAAUAACGGAGCCAUCUUUGGUCCGUGCCCUGCGGACAACAAAGGAUGUAGUACAGGCGGACUCGGCAGCGUAGGACCGAGCUCGAUCACCACCAUGGAUUUCUGCAAUCAUGAGCCAUGCAUGAUGCAUGGUAAAUGCGUGUCACGGCAGGAUCGUUACGAGUGCCACUGUUACGCCCGAUAUUCCGGCAACAACUGUCAAAUUGACAAUGGUUCGCCCUGUUUAACCGGUCCCUGUCGAAAUGGCGGCACCUGUAACGAGGAUGCGAAGGGAGAUUACAGUUGCGCGUGCAAACCAGGAUUCACCGGGACAUUCUGCGAAUCUCAACUUGGAGUACGACUCUGCGAACAGAGUCCCUGCAGAAACGACGGUAUCUGUUUAGCCGUCACCGAAACCGAUUACAAAUGCGAAUGUUCAGCAGGAUGGACUGGUAAAAACUGCGAAACGAACAUCAACGAGUGUGCCUCGAAUCCUUGCAAACACGGUGGACUUUGCAUCGACGGUAUCAAUAACUAUACUUGCAUGUGCGAUAGAACAGGGUACGAAGGUGCAAAUUGCGAGAUUGAUAUCGACGAAUGCCUAGCAGACCCGUGUCUGAACAACGGUGUAUGCUACGACAAUUAUGGUGGUUAUAUCUGCCAUUGUCCGAACGGUUUCGAAGGACAGAAUUGUGAAUUGAACUUGAACGAGUGCAUAUCAGACCCGUGCAAACACGGUGGCGACUGCGUGGACGAUGUAGGUUCAUAUCAUUGUAAUUGUCUGCCUGGAUACGCGGGUCGUCACUGCGAGCUCAGAAGUUUAUGCGAAAACGCAGCAUGCCCGGCGAAUAGCAUUUGCGUGGAAGACGCCCAUGGCCCGCAAUGUGUUUGUAAUCCUGGAUUCAUGGGCAAUCCUCCGAAUUGCACUAUCAAUUAUUGCGCCAACAACCCGUGUGCUAAUGGAGGAACGUGCACCAGCAACAAAGACGGAUUCAAUUGUACCUGCCCGCCCGAGUGGAAAGGAACAACAUGCUUAUCACCCGCUUCGGAUUGGUGUUCCGCCUGUUACAACGGUGGUGUUUGCCAGGAAACACCUUAUGGUGUUUCUUGUAAGUGCCCGAAGUUUUGGAGAGGACCGCAAUGCAAGGAACCGAUCACCUGUCGUGAUCUGCCUUGCAAGCAGGCAUCAGCCUGUCACGACUAUGCCGGAGGCUUUUAUUGCACCUGCGAGCCAGGAUGGACGGGCCCUGAUUGUUCCAUCGAUGAUGACGAGUGUGUCAGCAAUCCUUGUCGCAACGGUGGCAUCUGCAUCGAUCAACAAAUUAGCUACUACUGUCAAUGUCUUCCGGGAUAUUCCGGUAAGAACUGUCAAAUAAACGUGGACGAGUGUCUGUCACAACCCUGUCAAAACGGUGGUACGUGUAUCGAUCGAAUCAACGGGUACACGUGUAACUGCACCAAGGAUUUCAUGGGCGAAAACUGCGAACUGGAAUACAAUGCAUGCGCGGUAAAUCCGUGUCAGAACAAUGGAAACUGCACCCUGAUAGCGAGAUCGCGGCGAGAGUUCGUUUGCGAAUGCCCGCAGGGUUUCGAGGGGAAGAUAUGCAACAUCAAUGUCGACGAUUGCGUCGAUGUCGUGUGUCCUGAUGGCAAGAUUUGCGUGGAUGGUAUCGCUGGUUACGAAUGCAAAUGCCGAGAGGGUUACAGGGAUCCUAAUUGUACCCUAAUCGUCGACCAUUGCGCGACGAAACCCUGCAACAGCGGCACUUGCAUCGACCUUGGGGAACAUGGUUUCGAGUGCAAAUGCAAGGACGGCUAUCAAGGGCAAUUCUGUGAAGAAGACGUGGACGAAUGCAAAGUGGAAGGCAUUUCCCUGUGCAAUAACGGGAUCUGCUUGAACACGGAGGGCAGCUACAAUUGUUUCUGCAGACCGGGAUUCUCCGGGGACCACUGCGACAUCGACAUCGACGAAUGUCUGUGGGCACCGUGCAAGAACAACGCCACGUGUAUCGACCGUAUCAACACGUUCGAGUGCCAGUGUCCACCGGGUUACUCCGGGAAAACCUGCGACAUGGACGUGAACGAGUGCGAGAGCGAUCCUUGCCAGAACGGUGCCACGUGCGUCAAUGAAAUCGCCAGCUACAUGUGCAUUUGCUCACUGGGCUUCCGUGGGAUUAAUUGCGAGAUCAAUAUCGAUGAUUGCGAGCCGUCACCUUGCUUGAAUCAGGGCCGAUGCAUCGACGGUAUUAACAAUUAUACCUGUGACUGCAGCGACACGGGUUUCGAAGGUGCACACUGUGAACAGAAUAUCGACGACUGCCGCUCGCAACCGUGUGUGAACGGCGCUAAAUGCAAAGAUGAUAUCAAGAAUUAUAAGUGCCAAUGUUAUGCUGGGUACACUGGGAAGAAUUGCGAAAUCGACGUGAACGAAUGCGAUAGCUCACCUUGCAAGUACAAUGGAACUUGUUUAGAGAGAUCAAAGAGCGAGUUGUACAAGAGCGACGCGUUGACCUUACCUGCUAUAUUCAAUCAGGAAUUUAGCUAUGCCAACGCGAGUGGGUACGAAUGUCUAUGCGUGCAAGGUCUGACAGGCAAAAAUUGCGAAAUAAAUAUCAACGAGUGCGACAGCAACCCAUGCUUAGCCGGAAAUUGCCUGGACCGCAUCGGAGGCUACACUUGCGAGUGUGAGAACGGCUACGAAGGUGAUCUCUGCCAACACGACAUCGACGAAUGUAAACGCUACACACCAUGCGAGCACGGUGUCUGCACCGAUGGAAGAGCAGAUUACACAUGUACUUGUGAACCAGAGUACGGAGGCAAAAAUUGUUCGGUGGAGUUGACCGGAUGUCAAGGAAAUGCUUGUCAAAAUGGCGGAACCUGCUGGCCGUACCUCGUCGACGAAACGAUACAUAAAUUCAAUUGCACCUGUCCAAAUGGUUUCCAUGGAGAAAUCUGUGAUUAUGUAACGACAAUGUCCUUGACUGGCAGAUCAUACGUCCUGGUGAAUACUACUCGCGAUGAAGGAUAUGACAUACAGUUCCGCUUCCGCACGACUCUGCCGAAUGGGCUACUAGCCAUUGGAAAGGGAUCAACGUUUUAUAUUCUUGAACUUGUGAAUGGCAAACUGAACUUGCACUCGAGUCUCCUGAAUAAGUGGGAGGGUGUAUUUAUUGGCAGCGGUUUGAACGACUCUCACUGGCAAAAAGUGUUCGUUGCUAUCAAUGCCACGCACUUGGUGCUCUCAGCUAACGAAGAACAAACGAUUUAUCCUAUUAGUCUGAACGAAGGUUCCAAUUCUAACCACACAUCUUUCCCAAUGACUUAUGUGGGUGGUACCACCAACUACCUGCAAAGGUUGACUCAUGGACCGUCGUUCUUUGUGGGUUGCACCGAGGAUCUUGUUAUUAAUGGAGAAUGGGUAUACUCCGGUACCUCAUCGAUGACAGUGUACAUGGAAGAUGUCGAAUCAGGCUGUCCACGAGAAGCUCAGUGUUCACCAAAUCCUUGCAAAAAUGGUGGACAUUGCACUGACAGAUGGCGAGAUUUUUCCUGCAAAUGUGAGCGACCGUAUCUUGGACAUACCUGUCAAUACAACAUGACAGCAGCCACGUUUGGAUACGAGAAUAUCACAAACGGAUACGUAACCGUGAAAGUGUCAGAUAUGGCUAGAAGAGCGGUCAGAUCUAUUGUAGAUAUAUCCAUGUUCAUUCGCACAAGACAAGACAGAGGCGAUAUAUUCUAUCUAGGAUCAGAGCCGAAUCCGCAAACUGAGUUACGACCUCAGGAGAAAACUUACAUAGCGGCUCAGAUGGAAGGAGGUGAACUGCUCGUCAGAAUUCAGUUUACCGACACAGAAGCUUACACGGUGGGAGGUGUGAAACUGAACGACGGAAACAAUCACCUGAUACAAAUAGUUAGAAAUGUAACGCUGGUUCAAGUGAAGAUCAACGGUACCGAAUACUUCAGAAAAACCAUCAGCGCUUCUGGUCAGUUAAAUGUGACUGUCCUAUAUUUGGGUGGUUUGCCACAAGCUUCUAGGUACAUACGACAAGUUGAUAACCGUCAGAUAGAAGUGUCGCAAGCUCUUCAAGUUAAUUUCAAAGGAGUUAUUCAAGAUGUUCAAAUAUCCAAUGGCAGUGAAAUUAUGGUCGUUGAAUUCUUUCCUCUGAAGGCAAAUGACAUUCCAACCCCAAUCCAAUUUGGCAACGUAACCUUCGAUUACGAAAAAGUUCUUAAGGGUGUAAUAUCCGACAACGUCUGCAUCAGCAAUCCAUGCCACCACAAUGGUACAUGCCACGUCACGUGGAAUGACUUCUGGUGUCAGUGUCCACGUGGUUACACCGGAAAGACCUGUCAAGAAAUGGAGUUCUGUCAGCUGCAAGAUUGUCCACCUGGAUCAAAAUGCCAGAACUUGGACGAUGGUUACGAGUGCAUCGCUAAUACCACCUUUAAUGGAGUGAACACCUCCUUCAGUUACAUCUACAAUCAAGGAGAAGAAAGGAACGUGACAGAGUCCACGAUUGAUAGCAUCGAAAUUACUUAUCGAUCGAAUACAGGUGGUAUUCUGAUGCAUAUUGCUCCCCGUGUGGGCGAUUUGCAUUUCACUGUCUCCGUUUACAAGGACAAAGUCACGGUAUCUUGGCGUUUGGAUGCGCAAAACCAAGGGAUAUUGACUUUCGGUAAAACUGAACCUGAUGGAAAUUGGACAUCGAUUAUUCUGAGAUUGAACAACAAUUCUAUGGAGUGUGAUUAUGCGAACUCUAAUGAUGAAAACGAACCACCAGUUAGUCCCAAUUUUAGUUUCUCCUUGUGGUAUGAUUUGUUAGUUACUGGAACGGUUACGCUAGGCGGACUUGGUCCCAGUUUAUCUACCAACAGUUAUACAACUGGCUCUAGUAGACACAAUUUAGAAACUAGAAAUGGUAUCAAUGAAAACUCAAUAGAUUUUACUGAACGUACAUUGACCACCACAUCUUCGCCUCAUGAUGCGAUGUCGGGUGAAGCUUUUAAAGGAUGCUUAGGAGAAGUAAGAAUUGGCGGUAUGCUGCUGCAUUAUUUCACGUAUGAAGAGGUUUAUCAGAACGCUAACUUUACACCAUUGGAGUAUCUAGCGUUGCAAGAAGAUAACGAUACACAUCACAAUAAUAUUGGUUGUCAACUCUGCUUCGAUUCAGAUUGUAAGAACGAUGGUUACUGUCAGGAUAAAGCGAAUAGUUAUAUUUGUGAAUGUCCUGCCGGUUACACGGAGAACGAUUGCUCUUUCAACAUUGACGAGUGCAUCGAUAAUAAAUGUGAAAAUGAGGCUACCUGCGUUGAUGGAAUUGCUAAUUAUACUUGUGUGUGCAAUAGUGGUUGGCAAGGAUGGCUGUGUGAUGAUGAUAUAAAUGAAUGUGUAUCACUGAAUCCUUGUCAACAUGAUGGAGAAUGCAUAAAUUUUCCUGGUUACUUCCGCUGUGAAUGUCCAGAUCAGUUCACUGGCAACCUCUGCCAGCACUUCCGUUUAAUCACUUGCGAAAAUCAACCUUGUAAAAAUGGCGGUGUUUGUACGGACAUACCAAAUUCGCAAACCGGUAAUAAUUUCACAUGUACAUGUAUGACUGGUUACGAGGGCGCAGUUUGUGACGUUCCUUAUUGCAUCGGUGGAAAGUGUCAAAAUGGUGGAAAAUGCGACUCAUACCAACAGACACCUCGAUGUACAUGUCUACCCGGUUAUUCUGGAAUGUACUGUGAAAUUAACAUUGAUGACUGCGCACCGGAUGCAGAAGGAAACGUACCCUGUAAAAACGAUGGUAAAUGUUACGACGGAGUGAACAACUUCACCUGUGACUGUAGCGAAACAGGUUACACAGGGUCCGAUUGUUCCAUGGACAUAAAUGAAUGUCAGGAUCCAUCGACAGACUGUGGUCAUGGACAGUGUGAAAAUUUACCAGGAACCUAUCAAUGCAUUUGUGAAUCAGGUUACUGUGGAUACAAUUGUGGAAUGGUGAAUCCUUGCAAAGAGGACUAUUGUCAAAAUGGAGGUACUUGUAAGUGUGGAGAUGAUGGUGGUUACAGAUGUCAGUGUACACCAGAGUAUACCGGUCAAAAUUGCACAGAGACGGAACACUUUUUGGGUAGCCAAGCACUGGACAUAGCAGUAAUAGUUGGACCUAUUGUUGGAUGUCUUUUCUUGAUCGCGGCGGGCUCUUUAGUCGCAUUAUUCAUGAUGGCCAGGAAGAAGCGAGCAACUAGGGGUACAUACAGUCCAAGUGCUCAAGAAUUCAGUAAUCCACGAGUAGAAAUGGACAAUGUAAUGAAACCACCGCCGGAAGAGAGAUUGAUCUAAAUUCUUACGACGAAGGAACAUGAAUAAUAAAUGUUCCGCGUCGAUAAAUCCUAGUCUGCCAAGAAUAUGCGUUAUUGCGGUAUCUAUCGAUUAAAAGGGACUAGACCGUUCUCUCGAUAGAACUGCUCAUAACGAAGAACGAGAAGAAAAAUGUCAAGUUUCAUCGCGCGUUUUCUAGUCCACCUUACGUUGAAUUAAGCGAACACAAUUAAAAAAUAAUGAUGUAUAAAACAUCUGAAAACGUCGCUGAAGAUGAGACAAGUGGUGAUGAGAAUUUCGUCGUGAAACGAAAGCCAGGAACGUGGAAAAAAUUGAUUAUCUGGGAGCUUUAUUGAAAGAAUAUAGCACUGAAGGAUGUGUUACCAAAUUUGCAUGUUAAUCAUGCUGUUGAUUUUCACGAAUCACGCAACUACACAAAGUGUACUUAAAACUUCGUUAAGUGUCCUUAACUUGCAAGCAAUACUCAAGAAAAGCUCCUAUGCAACGAGACCCGUCCAUUUUAGUGCCUAAUCAACCCUAUGUGAAGAUGUUAUUUAUAAGCAAUGAAUAUAAAGAGUUUCAAGUGUGCAUUUUAAAAAACGCGCUAAACAUAGAUGUGUAUGUCGAGAUCUCUAAAGCAUAAUGGUAUUCGUUACUCUUAUUUUACUUGUUAGCUAUCAGGUAACUAUGAUCACAGAUAUCAUUAUGAAAUCGUAGUAACGUUACGGCCUGUUACAAAGAUAUCGGGACUUUGUAAAAAUGUCGUAGAGGGUAGUUUAUCGCGACUUACGCAUUAAGGUCAGUUUAUACUUCGUGUCUGUUUUUCUCACAUACAUAUUUGUAUGCAUAUGUAAUCUAUGGUGACGAAAUAUUCACCUUUCUCGGGUACGGUGAUUAGCAUAGAGUUUCUCAAACUUUCAUGGACCUACUUUGGAAAUCUAUCUAGUAUAAAUUGACCUAUAAUUGUCGUUUGUGCGUUUGUACAUUUCUCACAAAGAAAUCACCCCAAGUGUUCCUCUCAGAUUUAUAUGUUUUCACCUCCAUAUGUGUAUGUGUUUAAUCAAUAGUUAAAAAUUUAAGAAGUGUUCAAAAAAGAGAUGUUCUUUUGAUCUCUGGAUUAUCAUAGAAUAAUUCCAUUUCUUUGUUUUUAUAAUUAUAUAGUUAUGUACAUAAGUUGUGUGUGAUACACUCGGGUACACUUGGGAUGGUGUCCUUGUCAGUACCAACGUGCUUGUUAAUUUUGUACAUAAAUUAGAGUAUAAGUUGAAAUUAUUAAUGAUUUUACCAUUAGCAUUUUAUAUGGAUAUAGUAUUUAAUAACGAAUAUUAUUUGGUACGUAAUCACUUACUACCACGACCAAAGUAAUAACGAGAGUUUUUCUCGUCCACUAAUCGUAAACAAUAAACAUUAUAUUUACGGAUAAAAAAAUAUUGUUCUUCUCUAGUAGGAAAAAUAACUGUUCUUUACAAAAAUGAAACUGAUGUAUGGUCUGUCUUAAAUAUAUUUAUUUUGAUGUACCGAUGUUCUCUCUUACAGAAUUUCAAUGAAUCUGAAUCUGUACUCGCGAUGUUGAAUUUUAAUAUCAUAUGACAAAGUUUUUUAAUUAAGAAACACAUCUUGGUACGAAUACACGGUACCAAACGAUUAAUUUUGAAAGAAUCAGCGUACAUGACAUGCAAAUAUUUUACCCAAGUUAGCAAAUGAUAUAACGAAAAAUCAAAGAAAUAAGUUCGAACUUUAUAAUGUGAAUAAUUUAUACUUGAAAAAAUAAAAAUGACUGUAUUGCAUUA